AUGGGAAGCACUGGAUGGUUCUCCAAGAGCCUUCUUCAAAGGAGCCCUGGAAACUACCUGGGCCUGCCAGCCAGGUCUCCCUGUGGGAAAAGCACCUGGAGGAUUAUAGAGCCCUCAUUCUUGGUAGACCAGUACUACUUCCCAAUCUCUUACCAGGAGCACCAGGAGCACCGGGAGCACCCGCAGCACCUGCAGCAUCUGGAGCACCACCCGGAGCACCUGGAGCAUCUGGAGCACCUAGAGCACUUGCAGCAUCUGGAGCACCUGGAGCACCCAGAGCACCUGGAGCAUCUGGAGCACCUGGAGCAUCUGGAGCACCUCGAGCACUUAGAGAACUUGCAGCAUCUGGAACACCUGGAGCAUCCAGAGCAUCUGGAGCAUCUGGAGCACCUGGAGCACCUGCAGCAUCUGGAGCGUGCAGAGCAACCGGAGCACCAGGAACACCAGGAGCACCCGGAGCAUCCAGAGAACCCAGAGCACCCGGAGCACCUGGGGCAUCUGGAGCAUUUGGAGCACCUGGAGCAUAUGGAGCAUCUAGAGCACCCAGAGCACCUGGAUCACCUGGAGCACCUAGAGCACUUGCAGCAUCUGGAACACCUGGAGCACCCAGAGCAUCUGGAGCAUCUGGAGCACCUGGAGCACCUGCAGCAUCUGGAGCGUGCAGAGCAACCAGAGCACCAGGAACACCAGGAGCACCCGGAGCACCCAGAGCACCCAGAGCACCCGGAGCACCUGGGGCAUCUGGAGCAUUUGGAGCAUAUGGAGCAUCUAGAGCACCCAGAGCACCUGGACCACCUGGAGCACCUAGAGCACUUGCAGCAUCUGGAACACCUGGAGCACCCAGAGCACCUGGAGCAUCUGGAGCACCUGGAGCAUCUGGAGCACCUCAAGCAUCCAGAGCACCUGGAGUACCUGGAGCACCUAGAGCACUUAGAGAGCUUGCAGCAUCUGGAACACCUGGAGCACCCAGAACAUCUGGAGCAUCUGGAGCACCUGGAGCACCUGCAGCAUCUGGAGAACUUGGAGCAUUUAGAGCAUGCUCACUGUGUCAGCCUUGAAGCUAGCAGCAGGAAAUGA